AUGAAUGUUGAUUUGAAACCUAAAACAAUUAUCCGUGAUUUUGAACAGGCAUUUAUCAAUACUAUUGGUGAACAGUUACCGCAAACAUACGUGUCCGGAUGCUGGUUUCAUUUCACACAGUCUUGCUAUCGAAAUAUUCAGAAGCUAGGUCUUGUGACAUUCUAUGAUGAUGAUGUUGAAUUACGAGAAUUACUACGUGAUUUUAUGGCACUAGCCUUACUACCUAUCGAGAUCAUUCCAGAUGGUUUUAAACUCUUACAACACAAAGUGUUAGUUUCUAAUCAUACACGACAAUUAGAACCAUUUGUCUCGUAUUUCGAAAAAGAAUGGUUAAAUACUUUUACACCUUCAACAUGGUCUGUUAAUACAAACACAUGGAGAACCAAUAAUUUUGCAGAAGCACAAAAUAAACGUUUUUCUACACGUGUUAUUCAACCUCAUCCAAAUAUAUGGAGAUUUAUUCAAUGUUUAAAACAAGAAGAAAAUGUAAUCUCUCAUCGUAUGGUUCAAACUAGUUUAGGAUUUUCUUCUACAAAAUCAAACAAAUCAACACGUAAAGCUGCACGUAAUACAAAACAAAUCGAAAAAUUGCUACGCUUAUUGCAAUCUAAAACAAGAUCUUUGUCUGAUACAAUUAAAUCUCUUGCUCAUCUUGUCCGUCAACCUGUUUGGCAUGGAAGAAAAGCAAAAAAAAAACAAAAAUAA